CUGCCAGCGAAGAUGGCAGACGCCCUGAGUAAAGUGCCCGAUGUCGACAUUGAUCCAGAGGGGCAGUUUAAAUACAUAUUAGUGAACAUAAAGGUUAAAGAUGGAACUGAACAUAAAGUGAUAGUGAGGGGAACUAAAACAGCGGAGUACCACAUUCACAUAUUUGAAAAAGUGAAUCCUGCUAUGGAGGCCUUGGGACUGGAGUGUAAUUGUCUCGGAGGUGGCAAGAUUGAGCACAACAACACAGAAAAGAAACUUCGGGUGUUUGGAGAGUCUACGGGAUAUGGGAAGGCUGACCAUGCUGUCACGGUGGAAAAGCUAAAAUCUGUCUUUAAAGACUAUGAAAUCACUAUGGAAUAGAAGACUCAAAUCCAUGGCCAUGAACCUUUAGUGAAAAUGUAACAACUCUUUAGCUAUACCUAAUUUUUAUUUGGAUGCAAAUUAAAUAAUUGUUCACUACCGUGUCUAAGUUGAACUUUAUCAUUGACCUGGACAUUGAGGUCUAACCUGCACAGGAACUCUGCAUGCUUUGCACAGCGAUAAACAUAUCCUGUCUCCUGUCUCUGUCACGGAAUGUGUCGGUUUAGAGAUCAGGAACAGAUAAAAGAGCAUCUGUAUUAUUCAUGGAUUGUAUGUAUAGUUAACAUUGAGAAAUUUGCCAUUGAGAUACAAGCAUACAUAUUUGGUGAAAAACAUUUCACAGAACCAAACACUAUGUUUUCACCAUUACAAUUAAAUUGUAAAAAGACCCAUUAUUUUGCAAAGCAUACAUUUAUAUAGUUAAAUAUGUGAUUUUCAGUGGAACCCUUUUUAAUUGAUCUCAUACAAUGUCAUGUGUAUUGUGCAUAAGGGAUUUUGCCAUCCUGUUUCUGAAGUCAAAACUUUUACCAAUUUCCUGUGUCCUGAGACCCUGAAUAAACGAAUAUGACCCUCA